CAAGAUGGCUGUGUUUUCUUGAGCUUUGUUGGCUGAGUUUUGCUUUUUGUUGAGAGUUCUUUUGAGGUCCAACAGAAACGAACCAUCAGAACCUCCGCAGGAAACUCUCUGAAUGGACUUUGUGCCAUCCAUCUGCUUUUAACCAGUUAGCCUACAGAGCUACGGAAAUGAGCUUAGCUCGCUAGCUAUGUGACGUAAACAUGUCGAAAUAAAUCCACAUCAGAGCGCAAAAAGCGUAAAACCAAGACUUUUGGAAACAGACGAAAUGGACCAAACACUGCCGAAAGCAUUUUUAAAAGCUGAAGAGACGCAUCAGAGAACAGACAUUCAGCAACUGUUGGUGGCUAAAAUAGAAGUUGAAUUUGCACAGCAGGAGAGGACUCCAGACAAAGUGGACCCAGAACAUUCACUUAUUAAAGAAGAGCAGGAAGAACUCUGGAUCAGUCAACAAGAGCAGUUUCAACAACAAGAAGACUCUGAUGUCACCAAGUUUACAAUCACUCCUGUCAAGUGUGAAAAUGAAGAGAAACCACAUUUCUCACAGCUUCAUGAAAGCCAGUCUGAGAGCAGAGAGACGGAACAUCCAACCAGGGGCUCAAGAGAACAUUUGAAAACAGAAGCUGAUGAAUACAGUAAUGGAGGACCAGAACCAGUCAGCAGCUCUGAUCACAUUCUUCAUUUUCAACUAGAUACUGAUGACAAGGCUUCAGUGUUUGAUAAAAAUGGGACUGACGACAGUGUCGACAGUGAUUUUUGGAAAGAGACCAGAGAACGACAGUCAGGAUCAAACGAUGGAAGCAGUAUUGAUGAGAAACCAUUCAGCUGCUCAAAGUGUGGCAAAAGAUUUGUCUACAAGCACCAUCUGAGAAGGCACAUGAGAGUGACAAAGGAGAAACCAUUCAGCUGCUCUGACUGUGGGCAAAGGUUUGGCUACAAAAAAAGUCUGAUGGACCAUAUGAAAAUACACACAGGAGGAAAACUGUUCAGCUGCUCUGAGUGUGGUAAAAGAUUUGUUUACAAUAAAAGUUUAAAGUUACAUUUAAGUGUUCACACAGGAGAGAAACCUUUCAGCUGUUCUGAGUGCAAUCAGAGAUUUGUGUCAAAGGACCACCUUAAGAGACACCUUAGAAUUCACACAGGAAAUAAACCAUAUGGUUGCACUGAAUGUAGUCAGAGAUUUUUCUCUAAUGACCACCUGAAGAGACACAUGAGAAUUCAUACAGGAGACAAACCAUUUAGUUGUCCAAUCUGUGGUAAGCGAGUCACUCAAAGGUCCAACUUAAAUAAACAUAUGAGAUGUCAUACAGGAGAAAAACCAUUUGGUUGCUCAGUGUGUGGCAAAAGGUUCAGUCAGAGGUCAGAGCAAAUUAACCACAUGAGGAUUCACACAGGAGAGAAACCAUUUACUUGCUCUGAGUGUGGUCAGAGAUUUCGUUACAAGAAGAGCCUAACAGGCCACGUGAGAACUCAUACAGGAGAGAAACCAUUUAGUUGCUCAGUCUGCAAUAAAAGGUUCACUCAGAGGUCAAACCUAACUAAACACAUGAGAGGUCACAAGUCGGAAAACCACUGAGCAGAUUUUUGUUUUGGUACAAAACUCAGAGCUCAGAAUUAACGUGCCACGUCAGAAACUGUUGAGCUGCAUUAUGUGUGGGUUAUUGAUUUGGUGACAAGAUCACCCUCAGUCAUGAGGAAAAAGUCCAUUGGAAAAUCAGCUGAUUGUAGAAUAAGUAAUUUGCACAUGUAAAAUGCCUGAGUCGGGCAAGUUAAAUAUUCCAUUGUCAUAUACACUCAAUGGAAAAAUCAUUUUUGAUCAUGAUAAUUUUUUAGAGUCAUUGACUAAACAUCCUUUUUGUUAUUUUUUUUAUCUAGCUUUAUUUACUUACACCUCAGAUUUGCUGUGGCGAACCCAAAUGCUAACAAGGGAGCAGCCAGUGGGACUUACUAUUUAUUUACAUUCACUGUAAUUCCUUGUUUGUUUGUUUUUGUUUUUGUUUUUUUUCCAGUGUGUCUUAUUUAUGGGUUCUGAAUUGUUCUGUUCCUGAUAUAAAAUUCAAAUUCUUUGUCACUAAAAACAAACAAACUGCUUUUAAUUUCAAAGGAAAGCUAAACAGCAAAAUCAUGAGGAGAAAUCAAUCAUGACUCUCAGUGAACUGAUAAUAAACUUUGCUGCAGUAUUCAGGAUUGGAAUGAGUGGGCCAGGAGUCUGGGGCCCGCUGUAGGAGCUCCUGGAUUUUUACCAAAUUUAGACCCAUUUUAAGCCUUAUUUUGGCAGCCAAUCAGACA